AUGACACCGAUGGCCAUACGAGAGGAAAUCGUCCCUGGGGGCGACGUUGUAUUGCAGCUCCAGCGGCUGGUACCUGCUCCCAUCGCUACAGCAGACGAAGAAGCUGAUAUCGUCCCACCAGCAUCGCCAGCCACCACUGUUGCUACCAUGGUCGAGGACGGAGCUGCCAUCGGCUCGCCGCCGGACAGCCCCCUCGCCGUCCCGCACAAGAGCGCCAAGACAGCCCAAACAGUCCAGACGGUCGAACUCGUUGUGUCGUCCAACACCCUGCGGAUGGUCUCGUCCGUUUUCGACACCCUUCUUAAACCUCUACAGCAGCAGAGAGACCCCAUAACACCGGCAGCGACCCCAACAGCCAUCACGAACAUCCCUACGCCUCCUGCCAGCCCGACAGUCAGGAGGAAGAAGAAGGGCUCGCUGAACAACGAUACGGCAGCAGCAGCUAUACCCACACCACCUUUGCAAGUUCUAGACCCGCUCACUGCUGUCGCACCCUUCGUCUUAGCACUCCCGGAAGACGACGCCGCUGCGAUGGAGCUGCUGAUGCGACUGGUACACUUCCGACUCGGUGAUAUAUACACCCCAGGUGGAGACGGUGUGCAUAGCGGGCUUCCAGGGCCACGACUGCUAGAACAGCUUGCCUAUGUGUGUGACAAAUACCGCUGCGCGGGUGCGAUUCAGGGCGUCAGCGACUCGUGGAUCAGAGAAAACAUGGAACGGCUAGCCAGCGCCAUGGAACACGAGACAAGCAAGACAUUCAAGGUCGACAGAGCCGACCGGGUCGAGAAAGGACCCAAGGCAGACCAGGCAGCGGAUGCUACCCAAGCCUCUCAGAUCCUUGAUGGUUACUGCCGCCUUGUCGUGUUCGCCUAUGUUGCCGACCAGCCGCGCGUCUUCUCCGACCUCUGUUGGCAUCUGGUCCUGCACCACGGCGGUCCAAUGACGACGAAUCUGCAGGCGGGCGCCUGCUUCUCGGCGGUUCCGACGAUGCCAGACGUAUCCACUCCGGCGAACAUCCUCGCAGACCACCCGCUACUGGCGCAGAGCGUUGCAGUCCUGCUCGAGAGCCGCCGACUGGCCAGCUGCAGCCGAUUUCACACCGCUCUGACUGAGCCGCUCCGGUUCGACUGGAAAGGCACGGGUGAUCAACCGCUCUGCACUGUAGGCCGCGAGGCCAUGGGCGUUUAUAUCAAGACCAUCACAGAAGCCGGCCUGCUCACCCACGACCUUGUCUAUUCCGGCCUCAGCGUGCAGCAGCUGCUGGACGGCAUCGAUCGUCUGCCCCCGAUCCGACCGUGCGACUAUCCUAUCAAGGACUCCUGCUUCGGCCAUUCCGGUUCCGGUUUCGAUCUCGACCUUGUAGCUAGCCUUCGAACUGGCAAGGACAGCAUCCUGGGAUGCCGCGAUAGUUACACGUGUCUGGACUGCAUCCGCACUGGUGGGCAGUCACAGCAGAAGCGCAGGUGUCGGGUCAACCAUUCGUAA